UCCGCCGCGCCGCCGCCUCCUCCACCUCCUCCUCCCCAGCGCUAAAGCCGGGACUGGACCGAGCGGAGUUGUGCGUGUCGCCGGAGGCGGGUGGGCCGGGGGAGGGGAGGUUCGUUCCGCGGAGCUGCAGCCAGGACCGGGCUCCUCAAGCCAUUGUGGUGAAGCAUUCGGCAGAAAUAAGGAAAACAUCUCUACUAUUCUUUGGUGUGCAUAAGUACUUGGGAAGAUCAGCUGACUGCGUCCAGACUCAUGCUGUAUUAGGGGGUAGGGCCAUGGCAGCGCCUCUCCCAGAUAUGGAGUCAUUUGGUGAUCCAUCAAGUUCUUCAGUCAGUACAUCUAGAGACUCAGCUGUGGAUGAUGAUGAUGUCGUGUUUAUUGAAUCAAUACAGCCUCCAGUUUGUGCUCCAGCAGUCACUAAUGAAAGAAACUUUGUAUUUGCAUCUUCAAAACAUGAAAAUCCACGAGGAAAUUAUUCCAUAAUUCCCCCUUCUUCAAGAGAUUUGACAUCUCAGAAGGGAAAUAUAUGUGAAACAAUUGUAAUUGAUGAUGAAGGGGACACAGAAAUAAGUGGAAGGGAGGAGAAAAAGCCUACCGAUUUUAUCCUACCUCAUGGAAAUAAAAGUAGUGCCAAAAAUCUGGAUUUCUCCAUUUCCAGUUUAUCAAGAAGUAAGACCAAGACUGCAGUAGAACCUUUUAAUCCUGGUAGGAUUGAUGUCACAGAUGCGCUUCAGAAUGGAAGAAUUGCUGCUCAUCUCAAUCCUGAUUCUUGGAUCUCCCAGUCAGCAUCAUUUCCUCGUAAUCAGAAACAACAAGGGGUGGAUUCUUUAUCACCAGUGGCCUCACUUCCUAAACAGAAUUUCCAGCCUUCAAACCAACAGCAUCUUACUAAACCUGCUAAAAUCACUUGUGCAAACUGCAAAAAUCCUCUACAGAAGGGACAGACAGCUUAUCAACGAAAAGGAUCAGCUCACCUCUUCUGUUCAACCACCUGCCUUUCUUCUUUCUCUCAUAAACGUACUCGAAAGACAAGGAAUAUAACAUGUAAAAAAGAGUCUCCUUUGAGGACAGCAAUGAAGGCUCCUCCAGUAGAGUCAAGCAAGUCCUUCCCAGAGUUCUAUAGUGCAUCUCUGUCUCCUCAUGACGACCACCAGACUCUUAGAAAAGACGUUUAUAUUAAGUCAAGAUGUAUAAUCUGUAAUAAAUUAGGAGAGGUUCGCCAUGAAAUCAGUAUUAACCAUGUAACACAUAAAUUGUGCAGUAACAAUUGCUUUAAUGAGUACAGACUGACCAAUGGUCUGAUAAUGAACUGCUGUGAACAGUGUGGCAAGUAUAUGCCCAAGAAUACUGGACACAGUAUCCUGAUUACAGGUCAGCAAAAGAGAUUCUGCUGCCAGGACUGUGCCAACGUAUAUAAAGAGAUAAUGGAAACAAAAUCAAAAAUACUACUUUUACAAAAUAGGAAAAGGAAAGCUAUCCUAGAAGAAAAUGAAAGAAAGUUACAAGAAUCAUCAAGUACACUUUCGGAAAAAACACAAAUACCAGAAAAAAAGGAAAAGAUUUCAGAGAUAAUAGAAGUUGCAGCAGAAUGUAGCCUGCAUACAUCAUCGAGGGAGCAAAGUGAGAAUUUACUUUCUUCUGUGACAGCAGCCCCUGAUAUGUUUCAAGAGCAACAGGGAGACAAAAAUUCAGAAGAAUUUGCUAUGUCAACUGUAGUACUUUCUUCAGAUCCAGGUUCAUGGCCCCAAAUUUUGAAUAUGAAACAGCGUGAUUUUCUUGUAAAAAAUGAUCCACCUCAAAUAAGAAACUGUAAUUUUCCAAAAGAUAGCACAGGGAGGAAGUUUUCAGAAACAUACUACACACGAAUUCUUCCAAGUGGUGAGAAGGCCACCAGAUCCUGGCUACUUUAUUCAGUCUCUAAAGACUCUGUGUUUUGCCUAUAUUGCAGACUCUUUGGGGAAGGGAAAAAUCAGCUGAGAAAUGAGAAUGGGUGCAAAGAUUGGCAGCAUUUGUCACAUAUCCUUAGUAAACAUGAAGAAAGUGAGAUGCACAUCAACAAUAGUGCUAAGUAUUCAAAGUUAAAAUCUACCUUGAACGGUAAAUGCAGUGAAGCUGUAGAACGUCCAUAUUGUGAAGGUGGGGAAAAUGGUGUGCUCCUGCUAUAUACGUAAAGCCUGUCUGCUGCAGACGCUGCGGGGUCUGCCUCACCCAGAAGAGUUUUGUACCUGGAGCCAGCACCACUGUGGUGCUUUUAAGUGGAGGGAUUUACAGGAGUUUAUUAGCGUUGUGCCCGAUAGCAAACAAAUAGUAAAAAUGUUCCUGUUUCAGAUGUAAAAGCAUCAUUCAAUUGGAGUGAAUAGUGAUUCUUACAGAUUUUUAGUAAAAGCAGUUUGAGUUUUGUCACUCUGAGGGUUCUCACUUUGUAAAGUUGUUCUUACAGGACUUCCACUUAAUGACCUAAAAGCAAGAAAAGACAAGCUGUAUAUGUAAUAAUCUAAAGAAAAUAUAUUCAAGCAAGGCACUGAUGGCUUACACCUUUAAUCCCAGUACUCAGAGGCAAGGAUGGGAAGAUCUCUUGAGUUUAAGACCAGCCUGGUUUACAGAGUGAGUUCUGGAACAGCCAGAGCUCCGUAAGAAACCCUAUCUCACAAAACAAAAACAAACAAGCUAUAUAUACAUUCAAGAAGCUUAAGAACAGAAAAUGAUCUGAAGCUACAAUUAUUUGCUAUUAAGCCAAAUUGUUCUUUACAUGUUUUUCUAUUUGAGCAAAACAGUUCGCUUGUUACAGUAAGUAAAGGUAAUUUGUAUUUUAUAUUUUGUUUUCAAUUUCAUAUGUAAAUAUUUUAGCUUUUAUUAUGAAAAUUACAAAAAAUAUAUAGCUAUCUUAUGUUAGUAUGACUAAGAAACAUUAAAAAUAUGUGUGUAUAUUUAAAUGUGUGUAUGCAUAUAUAUGUAUAUAUAGCUAACUUCAGUGUCAUGGUUACAUUUUUCUGUAAAAGUGUACUCUGAAAUUUGAGAAACUCUGAAUCUAAAGAAUUUUUUCUUCAGACUUAAUUCACUUUAUUUUUUUUUUGUAUAAAAACUUAUAUGGAGCCAGGAGUGGUGGCACACACCUUUAAUCUCAGUGCUGGGGAGGCAGAGGCAAGCAGAUCUCUUGAGCCCGAGGCCAGCCUGGUCUACAAAUCGAGUUUCAGGACAGCCAGGGUUGCCUGUCUCAAAAACAGUCUUAUAUGGUAGCCACAGCUGAAUCUUGGGUCCUCCGAAUGGAGACUGUUGUCGGUUUCCACAAGAUGGUUAGUGAAUUCCUGGCAAGGAGAGUUGAUGAACACUGUCUAUUUCCAGAGGUUGGGGUCCAAGUAGCUGUCGAUCUUGGAGAUGGCAUUAAAGGUGGCUUUGGCAAAGUUGCCCAUGAUGGCAGUGCAGGCCCUGGCUGAUGUGUGUGAGUCAUCAAUACCAGUCAUUGGCAGCAUCUUAUUGGGCACAGGAGCAGAGACAACACAAGUGCCUCCCGGGGCGGGAGUGAGAUCACCAACACAGAGCUGCAGUGGUCUGUCCCCUUGCUUGGACUUGUGGGAGCUUGUCAGUCUUGCUCCCCAGUAGCCUCUCCUGCACAGAAGGUGGAAAACUUGGCCAAGGUGAUGGCCCCUUGUGUGGUAGUGGCUACCUCCUUGGAGCAUUUAACACCUACACCAAUGUGAACCUGGUCCUCUGGCCUGCCUGAAUCUGCUUCAGUAAUAUCAGAUUGCUUUUGGAGAACAAACAGGUAGGUAGAUCUCUUUCAGACACUUGGUCUUCAUGUCCUUGACUAGGUGUCCCAGCUUGGGGAUGAGUUUCCAGUUCUGCCCUCUAGGAGCACACAGCCACGGCCACUGCUGCAAUUCUCGGGAGGCCUCUCGAGCCUGGGCCUCCAGGCCCUCCUCUGCACCAGCUUCAUCAGCCAUUUGUUUUUUUCCGAAGAAGCAGCAAAUCUAAUAACUUUGAUGGCCAUUGAGGGUCCUGCUCACUAAAUUUGAGUUUUUAUCUCUUGUUGAUUUCUGGUGUUAAAAUUAAAUUUCUAGGAAUGUGUGUUUUUUGUUUGUUUUGUUUUAGGGAGGUUUUCCAUUUGGGGCUUUUUCUUGUGAAACAGUGCCAUUAUUAAUAAUGACCAAAGGAGAUGCUUUCUUCUGAGUGGGAACACUUGCAGACUUAGUGAUGAUGCUGCAUGAUAGAAUUUUUUAGAAGAAUCCAUUCUUGUUAGAUGGUACCUUUUCAGGCCAAGGAUGUAGUUCGGUAGGUAGAGUGCUUGCCUAGCACACAGAAAGCCAUGGGCUUGGUCUGCGGCACUGCAUUAGGCUACGUCACAGCAGGCCUGUCAUCAUCGCAGUCGGGGUGGGAGCAAAUAGCAGGCGUGAGGCCACGCUUGGGUAUAUUAAACCCUGCCUACAAAAAAAGGUCAUUUUUAGUCAUUCAAGCUUACACCUGUAAUCCCAGCACAAGAGAAGCUCACGCUUCCCCCUAGUUCAAGCCCAACCUGGUAUACAUAAGGAGUUCGGGUAGGCAUGAACUAAAAUACAUUAUACAGAGAUAGAAACUGACAGAUUUGAAUGUAAACAGAGCUUUGAGAUGUCUCCAAAGUGCCAUUUCACUCUCAGAGGCCUGUGCAGAUACUUCAGGAAAUGGGACGCUUUAGUUUUGUGUUUCACCUGUUUGUAUGUUCUGUGUACCAUGUGUGUACCUGGUUCCUACAGAGGCCAGAAGAAAGUGUCACAUCCCUGGAGCUAAAGUUACAGAUUGAUUGAUUAGGCUUUUCAAAGCAGGGCUUCACUGUGUAGCCUAGGCUGGCUUGGACUCAAUUUGUAGACCAGGCUGGCCUUGAACACAGAGAUUGCCUGCCUCUGCCUCGCUGAGUGCUGGGACUACAGGCCAGCACCACCGCACCUUUGUUAGCAGAUGUGUAAGUGCUGGGAACCAUAUAUGCUCCUCUGUGGCUUUAGAGGUCCUGGUUCUUUUGCUGUCUUGAUUUGGCAUUGUGCUGUGACCAUCAGUGUGGAAACAUGUUAUUCUGCUGUAUGACUUGAAUACAAACUGUGUAUAUAGCUUGAUAUACUCUUCAUUUAUAACUGUUACUAGACAGGUGGUCAGGCAGUCUGAUCCAUUUGGAGUAUUCUGCAUCGUGGGAAUCAGUAUGACAUACCAAUUUCAACUAGAAAUAAAAAUUGGGUCCAAGUCCCUUUAUUGCUGAUA